AUGGCAAGGGGGCUCAUCAAGCAUAAAAUUGGGAAUGGCUCUGACACCAGUUUGUGGUUGGAUUACUGGCUUCCAAAUGGUCCAUUUUAUGAUCAGCUUCACCUAACUGAUAUGAAAAUUCUUCAACUUAAUUCAAGUAUUAAAGUUGAUAGCCUAAUUUUCACUAAUCAGUGGGUGAUUCCACCUAAUUUACAGUAUCAACAAUUCUUACAAUCCAAUGAGUUCACCUCUCAAUUGCAGGACAUUCCCACACCUUUUUCAGAGAAUGAUGAAACUGUUUGGUUACCAGGCCCUACUAAGCAGUUUUCACUCUCACAUACAAUCAAGUAUCAAUCUCCACCAUCACUUUUAUUCACUUGGUCACACCUGCUUUGGUACAAGAUUAACAAACCAAAGCAUAGUUGUGUUACUUGGCUUGCAUGUAGGGGCAAAUUAUUCACUUUAGAUACUAAGCCAAUGAGGAAGAAGCACUACACCAAUGCUUGUUAUCUUUGCCUCUCUGAUGCAGAGUCAUUGGACCAUCUCUUCUUCAAUUGUAGUUUCAGUGCACAUAUUUGGAGGUUCAUUCAACACGUUGCAGGAUUCUAUGUGGAACCAAGAAGUUGGGGAGAGUUAAUCUCUUGGUGUUCUAGUACAUGGAGAUCAAGACAGUUCAAUAUCCACAAGUUGUUUUUCAAUGCGGCAGUUUACUUCAUUUGGCUUGAAAGAAAUGCCAGGGCAUUUAAGAAUCGAGCUGCAUCACCACAACACAUCAUCUGCCUUAUCAAAAGUUGUAUCCGAGCAAAGCUUUCAUCAUUGAAGCUGAACCGAGGUGCUAAGCUCAGGCUCAUGGGUGAGCAAGAGGACUUGCUGCAGCUUUUCAUGCAGGGAUGUGUUUUUGCAAGAAAUCACACUUGGUGUGCAAAUUCAUUUACUUAA